UAAUGCAAGGGUUUGAGAAGAUCUGAGACAGAUGAAAACAGCUGUACUUGAAGACCCAUAAUGCCUUUCGGCUGGCAUUCUGUUCUGAUUUUCAGGCUUUGCAGUACAUCCACAAUGGCUACGCGAAAUCACUACGCGAUCCUUUAAUAUGCACCCUGCUGAAAAAGCCGAGGAAAAGGGUACCACCGGACCAGUCUCAAAAUGACCACCGGCUUCAGCUCGAAUUCAUGUCGAUUCGCAGAUUAUUUUGUUAUCUGCGGACUUGACACUGAAAGCGGGCUUGAACCAGACGAACUGUCAGCUUUAUGCCAGUAUAUAGAGGCUACUAAAUUCAGAGAUGGGGCCAGAGGAUUGGCGAGUGCAGAUGAAGGUGAGAAUUUUGAGCAGAGUCCACUGCGGAGAACCUUUAAAUCUAAAGUUCUAGCGCACUACCCAGAGAAUGUGGAGUGGAGUCCCUUUGACCAGGAUGCCGUUGGCAUGCUGUGUAUGCCAAAGGGUCUGGCCUUCCGCACGCAGGCGGACACACGUGAGCCUCAGUUCCACUCCUUCAUCAUCACGCGGGAGGACGGCUCGCGGACGUACGGCUUUGCCCUCACUUUCUACGAAGAGGUGACCAGCAAGCAGAUCUGCAGCGCCAUGCAGACCCUGUACCACAUGCACAAUGCCGAACAAUACGACAUCCUGCACACCCCCACUACCCCACGGUGCCCUGAGGACCAGCGCCACCUCCAUCCCCACCCUCUCAACCCCCACCCCCAACACACGCUCCUCCCCACGCCUUCCAUCUCCCGGCUGCAGCGCUUCAACUCCUACGACAUCAGCCGCGACACGCUCUAUGUGUCCAAGUGCAUCUGCCUCAUCGCGCCCAUGGCCUUCCCCCAGGCCUGCAGGAAGGUGCUCCAGCAGCUCCACCAGGCCGUCUCCUCCCCCCAGCCCCCACCCCUCCCCUUGGAGAGCUACGUCUACAACAUCCUGUACGAGGUGCCCCUGCCUCCCGCUGGGCGCUCCCUGAAGUUCUCGGGGGUGUAUGGGCCAGUGGUGUGCCAGAGGCCCAGCACGGCAGAGCUGCCUCUCUUUGACUUCCCUAUCAGCCAGGUGUUUGAGCUGCUGGGGGUGGAGAACAUCCUCCAGCUGUUUACCUGUGCCCUGUUGGAGAUCCAGAUCCUGCUCUACUCACAGCACUACCAGAGGCUGAUGACUGUGGCCGAGAGCAUCACAGCCUUAAUGUUCCCUUUCCAGUGGCAGCAUGUCUAUGUGCCCAUCCUGCCCGCCUCACUGCUGCACUUCCUGGAUGCCCCAGUGCCCUACCUGAUGGGCCUGCACUCCAACGGAGAGGGUGACCGCACCAAACUAGAGCUGCCUCAGGAGGCCAACUUGUGUUUCGUGGACAUCGACAACCACUUCAUUGAGCUGCCAGAGGACCUCCCUCUGUUCCCCAACAAGCUAGAGUUCAUCCAGGAGAUCUCCAAGGUGCUGUUGGCCUUCGGUGUGUCUCCGGAGGGGAACCCGCUCCACUGCCAGGGCCAGGCCAAACACUGGGGCUUCCGCUCCACUGACAUGGUCACGGACAGACGCAACGGCAACCUGGCCAGCUCCCCCCUCAACUCCUACCUGCUGAGGGAGAACGAGACCAUCGCUAGACUGCAGGCCCUGGUCAAGAGGACUGGGGUCAGCCUGGAGAAGUUGGAUGUGAGGGAGGAUGCCAGCAGCAACAAGGACCUGAAGGUGCAGUGUGAUGAGGAGGAGCUGAAGAUGCACCAGCUCAACAUCCAGGUGCGAGAGGUCUUCGCCAACCGCUUCACCCAGAUGUUCGCCGACUACGAGGUGUUUGUCAUCCAGCCCAGCCAGGACAAGGAGUCCUGGUUCAGCAACAGGGACCAGAUGCAGAACUUUGACAAGGCCUCCUUCCUCUCUGACCAGCCUGAGCCCUACCUGCCCUUCCUGUCCCGUUUCCUGGAGACUCAGAUGUUCGCCUCCUUCAUCGAUAGUAAGAUCCUUUGCCAUGAUGAUGAGGACAAGGAACACACGUUGAGGGUGUUUGACUCCCGCGUGGACAGAAUCCGCAUGCUGAACGUGCGUACGCCCACCCUGCGCACCUCCAUGUACCAGACCUGCACCAAUAUCCACGAGGCGGACAAACUCCUUCAAAAGCGAUAUGAGAAAAUUGAUUUUGUCUCCCCUGAACCUCACUCCAUUGGGUUAGAGAUCUACGAGGCUCACCUUAAGAAGGCCAUAGAGAUGCGGGUGGUUAAGAUCGACCACACGGCCCUGCAUCCCCACCUGCUGGAUAUGAAGAUUGGCCAGGGUCGCUAUGAACACGGCUUCUUCCCCCGGCUGCAGUCUGACGUGCUCUCCACAGGACCCGUCAGCAACAAAUGGGCGAAGAGGAGUGCUCCAGCACAGUGGAGGAGGAAGGACAGACAGAAACAACAUGCUGAACACCUUUACCUGGACAACGACCAGAGAGAGAAAUACAUCCAGGAGGCCAGGAACCUGGGCACUACCAUCCGGCAGCCCAAGCUGUCCAACCUCUCCCCCUCCGUCAUCGCUCAGACCAACUGGAAGUUUGUGGAGGGUCUGCUGAAGGAGUGCAGGAAUAAGACCAAGCGCAUGCUGGUUGAGAAGAUGGGCAGGGAGGCGGUAGAGCUGGGUCAUGGGGAGGUCAGCAUUACAGGCGUGGAGGAGAACACACUUAUCGCCUCCCUCUGUGACCUGCUGGAGAGGAUCUGGAGCCACGGGCUGCAGGUCAAACAGGGUAAAUCUGCCUUGUGGUCCCACCUGCUCCAUUAUCAGGAGAGCAAAGAGAAGACGGAUGCAGCACCGGCCGGUUUGGGUCCCCCAGGACUCAUCCACAACACAGAGAGACGCAAGUCUGACGCUGGCGCUGUCUUGCCCCCUCUCAAGGUAUCCCUGAUCAGGGACAUGAGACACAUCCAGAACAUUGGGGAGAUCAAGACAGACGUGGGCAAGGCCAGGGCCUGGGUGAGGCUCUCCAUGGAGAAGAAGCUGCUGUCCAGGCACCUCAAAAAGCUGCUGUCUGACCAUGAACUUACAAAGAAACUAUACAAGCGUUAUGCUUUUCUGCGCUGUGACGAUGAGAAAGAGCAGUUCCUGUACCACCUCCUCUCCUUCAACGCUGUGGACUACUUCUGUUUCACCAAUGUCUUCACAACCAUCAUGAUCCCAUACCAUGUGCUGGUGAUUCCCAGUAAGAAACUAGGAGGCUCCAUGUUCACAGCCAACCCCUGGGUGUGUGUGUCUGGGGAGCUGGCUGAGACUGGGGUUCUCCAGAUCCCCAAGCACACUCAGGAGAUCACCUUUGAGUGCCAGAACCUGGGCAAGCUGACUACAGUGCAGAUGGGCCAUGAUAACUCCGGUCUUUACGCCAAGUGGCUUGUGGAGUAUGUUAUGGUCCGGAAUGAGAUCACAGGUCAUGCUUACAAGUUCCCGUGUGGCCGGUGGCUGGGGAAGGGGGUGGACGAUGGCAGUCUGGAGAGGGUCCUGGUGGGAGAGCUAGUGACACCAAACUCAGAGAACGAGGACAGAAUGUGUCGUACGCCCCCCAUGCAGCAGUCCCCUGGGAUGAUGAGGAGGUUCGUCACCAUCUCACCAAACAGCAAACCAAAGUUGAACACUGGUCAGAUCCAAGAGGGAGUGGGAGAGGCCAUCAAUGGGAUAGUGAAGCACUUCCACAAGCCAGAAAAGGAGAGGGGCAGUCUGACCCUUCUGUUGUGUGGGGAGUAUGGUCUAGUCUGGGCUUUAGAGCAGGUGUUCCAGCAUGGCUUCAAAUCCCCACGCCUCUUUAAGAAUGUCUUCAUCUGGGACUUCUUAGAAAAGUCACAAGUGUACUUUGAGAGUGCUGAGCAGAGGGAGGUGACUCCAGAUGAGAACUGGCAAACCAGAGUACGCCACUUCUGCCGCUUCAUGCGGGCCAUCAACAGCACAUCUAGGAACAUAGGCAAGGAUGGGAAGUUCCAGAUGCUGGUGUGUCUGGGUGCCAGGGACCAUUUGUUACACCACUGGAUCGCUCUCCUCGCAGACUGUCCAAUCACAGUGCAAAUGUACGAAGACACAGCACUGAUAAAGGACCGCUCAUUGGUCAAUUCUCUGAUCAGAGUGCUACAGACUUUGCAGGAGUUCAACAUUACCCUAGAAGCUUCACUUGUCAAAGGGAUCGGUAUCUAGGCCCUCUUUCGUUCACACCAAUUGGACCUGACUAAGGAAAACUGUUAGGGACCACUAAAGAACAAUUAAACCUUUUUAUGCAGAAAGAGACUUGAACAAUUAAGGGACGAUUUCUGGCUUAUAUUAAAGCUACUGUUACAUUUGCCAUAUAUUAAGUGUCAUGAGCCUUUCAAAAUGUGUUGUUAUUUUUAUCCUUAAUAAUGUUGCUGUUAGACGAUAAGAAUAUGUUUUCUAUUACGAUCCAUGACUUUCACUUUGUUGAAGAAGAUAACCAACCUGUUGUAUACUACUUUAUUGAAAGCUAAAUAUUUCCAUUGUUAUUGUGAACUGCUGACAAUGGCUAGAUUCUAAAAAGGAAAACAAGGAACAAAAACUGUUAAUAUAUUUUCGGAGAAGAACAGUAUUAUUUUGAUAUGUCUGUCAAGUUGCUUGCUCUGUUCUAAUUCUAACUGUCAUAAUGCAGAGCUUGAAGCAAAUGAUGCAGAAGUAUGCUUUAUAAGUAUGAAUAUGACAUGGUAUAGAUGUUUGUGUAGGGUGGAAAACUGAUUCACCUACAUCAAUAUGACAGUGUGUAAGUUUGGAUCAAUCUCACUGGAAGUACCGUGGAUGCAACUAUUUUAUAUGGAAUAACUUGGCCUAAGAAGAGGCUCCUGAAUAAGAUAAUGUAGCGUAUGCUAGUGAUGCACAAUAUGUAUUCAGUUGGAGAAGUAUCACUAUACGGCCAUGUCAGUGCUUCACACUUGACACACAACUCUUCAACAGUACAGUACUCAUCAUAACCAUGGCUUGGUAGAAAGUGAGUCAUUUAUAAAAUGACAGCCUUUGUGUAAAUACCUCUAACCAGUGCAUCCUUCUUUCCAACAACUUCUCAUUAUUCCUCACCUGUUCUGCCCAUUCCUGGCAGGUUUACAACAUCAUGUUUUUUUCAGUAGUGAAACUUGUAUGAGCUGAUUGCCAGUUAAAUUAAUAAUGUGUGGUAAAUAUGGUUGCUAUAAAAGGCCAGAUUCAAAAUAGAGCAAACGAUUCUCAUCUGAACUGUUGGCGUUUCUGCUAUGCAAUAUAAUCCACAUCACACAAAAAAAAAAACAACCCAAGAUCUAGAUGAGAAUCAUUGGACCUCCUCCAUUUUUCUUACUGUGCAGCAUAGGAUGAUGAAUAACAAUAGCAGUUUGAUAGAAGUAGGUGUAAAGGAUGUCUUUCCUGUGCCAAUGUCUGGAUUGUGUUGGUUGUACUAUUCCAUGUACAAUCGACAUGAGCAUCUUGGGAGAUAUAUUUUUGUUUUUCAACACUGUUGUACAUUUGACAUAGCCGUAUAAUGUAGUGUUUACUAAGUGAGGAAAUGUGUACAGUGUAAAAAAUAAAAUAAAGAAUACAAUUACAGAAAUGCA